UGUACUUAUCUGGUUACUACAUCAUUAUUGAUCAAACAGUUCGACAUUUUCCAGCCUUGGUAGCUGAUAGCUGCUUACUUUAAAGUUGUAAGAAUAUGGACGCUUCUGUACCUGUGUUCGAGAAGCCUCAUCCUCAAUUGACCGUUUUAGAUUGGACAAGAAAUAUACAGAGACUUCAGAAUGAGGCCAGACUCCGUAGAUUUGAGUCUUACGAACUGAGGCAGAGGGCAAAUCAACUACGGAAUGAGACUGCGGUCACAACAAGAUGGGAUAACUAUUGCAACAAUGAGCUGUUGAGAGAUAGAAUCUUCGAAGUUCAAGCUUGGAGAGAAAAGCAGAGGUUCACGAGAGAUUGCGUUAAAGACGAAAUAAGGGCUUUGAAAGAAGAAAAACACGCAACAGAACUACAUUUAGAGUCGCUGCAAGUGCCGCUGAUGGUGAUAUCGCAGUGCCUGUCUAAUAGAGAUCAGAGAGUGCCACCUGAACUCACUAGAGACCAACUUGGGGAGGAACUAAAAAAGGAGCUGCACAUCACGGAGAAUAGCAAGCGUGUGUUGAUGGACGUCUGCCACAUGGGCUGGGAGAAAAUCAAGGAGCUGACCAACGUGCUGUGUCGCUUGGAGCGCGAGAUCAAGAAUAAGGACGAAACCCUCGACUUGGAGUACCAUGUCAAAGACCUCACACGAGACAGCACCGAUAUCAGCUUCAAAUUGGAUCCUACUAGAGUACCCACUGAGUCAAUGACAGAAGAGAGUUACGCGCACUGCAUUCAAAACACGAUAAAGAUAGCUGAGCAGCUGAUGUCGGAGUCCAAGGACCUUCGGGCAACGAUGUUCAAGAGUCGGGAGCAAGCCAGGAACCAGAUGUACGCGCAGAGCCAGCAGGUCGAGCUCAUCAUGCGGAGGAGGGUGUAUGAUAUACAGAGGGCCAGGAACGAGAUGGAGUGGCAGAAGUAUAAAUUGGAACAGAAUCUACAAAAAGUAGACAGAGAGAUAGAGACACUGCGAGCGGCGGUGGCCGACAAAAUAAACCCGACCAAGUUGGUGGAGACGCGGCUGGAGACGAGGACGAGGCGGCCAGUGCUCGAGCGGGUGCAGGACAAACCCAUGCGCGGCCUGAUUGAGGAGUUUGAGAGAGUACACACCAGUCACAAUAUGCUGGAGAAGAAACUUGAAGAGGCUAUCACGACUUACCACGGCAUGUACAACCACCACCAACGUGUAACGAAAGACCUGCAAUACAAAAACCAAGCUUUGGAGACGGACAGGCGGCUCAUCGAGAUCAGGAAACCUCUCCACUCCUCGGAUGAAACGGAAUUUAAAAGAAACGUCGGCUACUGUCACAUGAGUGACGAAUUGGUCACUGAUUAAUGGCAACACAGAUAAUAUAUUUAAUGCUGGCUACACUAUAGUUGGUAUUGCCAGGAAUGCAAAUUAUGCUAAAUUGUUAUUUACUUAAUAAUUUUCGCGUUAGUAUAUUUAUUUACUCAUGUAGGUGUGUUAUAUGCAAGCAAAGUUUUAAGUUAUUGUUUUGAAAUUAAACUAAGCACCAUUUUAGAUUUGCACAAUAAAUGUAGCAAAACAUGACAAAUAGAUUUCAAGUGAUAUAACUAUUUAA